AUGAAGUUCCUGGAGCAGGGCCAUUUAAUCUCAGACCUGCAGCACGGCUUCAGACAGAACCGCUCGUGCCUUUCCAGUUUAUUGCUCUCGACGGAGCAAUGGGCUCGCGCACUGGACGAGAAUGGUAGGGUCGAUGCCAUCUACACAGACUUUAAGAAAGCGUUCCACAGCGUCCCACACAAACGCCUAAUCUACAAACUUUCUGAAAUUGCGAUGAGAGGAAGGCUGCUGACAUGGAUAACAGAUUUUCUUACCGGGAGAUCGCAAACCGUGUGCAUUGAGGCCUCAAGGUCAACUCCUACCCCCGUUAUAAGUGGUGUACCCCAGGGCUUCGUCUUAGGGCCGUUGCUAUUCCUGGUUUACAUUAACGACUGCAUCGACGACCUGGGAUGCAGCGCCAUCAUGUUUGCUGACGAUGUUAAGUUGUGGAGACCCAUCAGAUCUGAUGCAGACAGGUACGCGCUUCAAGACAGUCUCAACCGUCUGAACAGCUGGUCAGCUCGCUGGAUCCUCAAUUUUAAUGUGGACAAAUGUGUGGUCCUGAGACUCCGCACCAGACGGGCCAGUAAGGAGGACGAUUCCUUUCAAUACGUCCUUGGUGGUCAGCCCCUUUCAAAUGUUGUGGAACAGAAAGACCUGGGCGUCCUAAUGGCCUCCUCGCUGAAACCAUCAUCAGAGUCAAUGGGCAGCUAA